AUGUCAUUUACAAAUUCUAACAAUGAAACAAAAAAUGAAAUAGUCGAAAAUGAGAAUCCUGAAAAUUUGGAAGAUUUAAUUGAUAUUGGCAUGAACAAUGAAGAAAUUAAAGUUGAAAAUCAACAAGUUGAAGAGGAUGGACGUGCAAAUUUAAAAAUUCAAAAACUGUCAACAAAAACUAAACGCAACCUUAACCCAACUCCAAAAGAAUGUAGUAUCUGUGAACGUAUGGCUAGUGGAUAUUUCUUUUAUGGAGUAAUUUGUUGUGAUGGCUGUAAACACUUUUUUCACCGUUGUAUUACUUCAAAAAACAAAUAUAAAUGUGAAAAAGAUGGGAACUGUAAUCUGUCUUACAAUAUAAAUGUCUGCAAAAGUUGCCGUUUCGAUAAAUGCAUAUUAAAAGGAAUGUAUAUUCAAACAACAAAAGGGAGGCAACCCGAAAAGGUUUUGGAAAUACAAACAAUGAUUCAAAAUAAACGUAGAGAACUUGCUAGUAAAGGAAAAUAUGUUCAAGGAAAAUCUAAUAAUUGUGCUGGUGAAGAAGUGAAUUUUGUUGAUUUGCAAAAUUCAAUGCUCGCUGCUCAAAACAAACAAUUUCUUGAAUAUCUCUUAACUGUGGAGCAAAGUGUCUACCGUACUAGAGAUUCAGGGAUUGAUGAAUGCCAUUACAAUUCUUCGUGUAAUUCUCUUGCUUCAUUGCUUGAGCGUAAAGAAAAUUUAAUCGCUAUGAAACACGAAAAUCUUGGAGUGCACAAAAAUUCAAAAUCUGUUCAUGCUCCCAUUGAAGGAUUUAUUGCCUUUUCUAAGCUACCAAAACCUUUUACGGAUGUGUUGCUUAUAAUUGUUGAUACUGCAAGAACCAUGCCUUUUUUCGAAAAAUUGGAUUUAUCUGACAAGAUUUGUCUAAUUGCAACAAUCACUAUGCCGACUUUAGCACUACAUUUUGGGUAUUAUUGCAGUAGAAUGUUAUCCGAAACAGUUGUUUUUCCGAAUGGAUAUCCAAUCAAAGAUGUUUUCAAUACAAAUUUUUACAAAGAAGACAUGACGAUAAACAAAUUUAUCAAAAAAUUAUUUGACAAUUCUAUGGGGCCAUUCAAUAGACUACAACUAAGCAAAGAAGAAUUUGUUCUCCUUCGCGCUAUAAUUUUUUCACAUUUUGCCUCAUCUGGUUUAAGUCAGUAUGGCCGACAAUUAUUACUAACUGAGGCAGAGAAAUAUUCUGAUAUGUUGAUGAAAAUGUUACAGAGUCGCUAUGGACCAUUGCCAGGUGCUAGAAGAUAUGCAGAAUUGUUUCAUUUAGUUGAAUUUUGCUUCAACUGUGGAAACAAUCAUUGUCUUUUUCUAAAUUAUCUGGCUUAUGUGACUGAUAGGGGUUAUUUCCAUAACUCAAUGCCUGAAGCACUUGUUAAUCUUUGUCUUGGUUGCAAAACUUGA